UUGUUUACUUCCGGUUUUAAAAGAGAAAGUAGGCUGUGAAGCUUAACGUUGAUGUAAUUGAAAGGAUAUGCUAAUUUCGGAGACAACAUGUAAUAAUUUGGGUAUUGCAUCCUACGUAAAUAUAGUGAUUUUUCUUUUAUGUGUCGUUUUAAGGAACAAUAUUCUUCACUCCCAAUCUUUGAGCGGUGGUUGCCCUACUUUCACUUUUCCGGAAAAUUGGUUUCUUGAGCUAGAAAGACGAACCCUUAUGUCAAAUGAUAAACAAGCGUCUAUUCACAGUAACCAUAUUGCAGAAGUUCACAAUGUUCCAAUAUCAGUGUUGAUUAGACCAUUCACAUCAGUAUUAGAUGAAAAUAAAGUGGCAUCCCUCAUGAAAACUCUGCAAGACGAAGAACAAGCAGACAACGUACCCCCGAUUGAUGUACUCUGGAUCAAAGGCCGUCAGGGAGGGGAUUAUUUUUAUUCUUUUGGAGGAUGCCAUCGUUAUGAAGCUCACAAACGACUGAACAGAGAAACUGUCCCCUGUAAACUGUUUCGAUCUACCAUCAGUGAUCUGCGCACGUAUUUAGGAAGCUCAACACCAGAUCUGCUCUAACAGAAUUUGUAUUAUUAUUUUUAAAAUAAAUGUGUGAUGCAA